CGGGAGGGGUGGGGGGGGAUACGCAAUCGUCAGUUUAUUUCGCCAAUAACCACAACCUCAACCCGAGCCCCUACUUCCUGUGUGGCGUGAAGCUCAUCAGUCUGAUCAGGACCAGCGCAGACUGACACGCUCUUCUGGCGUAUUACCUACCUCUUAAGUGGGAAUUACAGGAUGUGGCAAGAUUCAGAUUCAGAACCAGUGGGCCACAUGUCAAACCCAGCAGUGACCCACCAACCCGGCGCCGGCGGCUAUGGGACCAACAUCCAAACGGGAGAGUGGAGCACGGGCCUCUGCUCCUGCUGCAGUGAUUUGUUUAUUUGUGCUUUCGGAUGCAUCUGUCCCAACAUAUUGGCCUGCUACACAGCAAACAAGUACGGAGAGAACUGCUGCCUGGGCUGUCUCCCCGGGGGCAUAACGGCCAUGAGGACUCACAUGAGGCUCACUUACGGCAUCCAGGGGACCAUUUGCAACGACGCCCUCAUGUCCUGCUUCUGCGGGAUAUUAGAAGUGUGCAGGAUGGCCAGAGAAAUGCGCAUCCGAAAUGGAGAGGUUUAAUCAUUCAUAAAAGAGAUUCUUUUUAAACAGCUCAUGUUUAUUUUUUUUGGGGCAGCUUUGUCUUGCUUAGCUUUCAUCAUUGAUCAAAUGUGGAUUUCCAAUACCACGUGAGUGUCUGAGCAUUAAAUGAGUUUGACUUCCAUUGCUGCCAAAUGUGCAAUCUGGUUACCUUGUAUACACUUGAUCAGGGUUCGGGGACCGUUACCACUCAAAGAGCCAUUUCGACCCGUUUCACAACACAAAAUAAAGAAAACAAUGGGAGCCCCAAAUUCUUUGGAAAUUUCAAAUGAAAUAACACUGCCUACAGA